AUUAAAAGAAAACUAAUCGCUCAUGUCCAUGAGUCACUCACUCACUCACUAAUCGCUCAUGUCCAUAAGUCACUCACAAGAUAAGCAAAAUAUUUUCCAGCGAAACAAAAAGUUAAAUCAAAAUACCAAUAACCGACUUCAUAAAGAAAACAUUUCGCAAUUGUGCCAGAUCAAUUAAAAAAUCAAAGAUUAAAUUAAAAUGAGUCAAGUGAGCAUUUUUAACUUGCCACCCGAUUGCUUCUUUGAAAUAUUUAAGUACAUACAAAAAAACUGCGAGGACGAAAGACCAUCUGAACCCGAGGAAAUCAAGUAUGCCGAUCUCAUUAACUUUGCCGCAUGUUGCGAGCCGUGUGCCGCGUUGCUCUGUGACUGGAAUAUAACACUAUAUAUCAGUCUUCAGAAGUAUUUAACCUUCAGGAUCGACAACAUUCACAUCGACUUUGAAGAGGUGUAUACCCGGUUGAAGAAUGCGUCAGCAAAGUACAAGGAAACCUAUUGGAGCUCCCUCAGCCAGGCCAUCAGGGACGCACCCGCAACCUACGUCACUUUGUUUUACGCUCCCGAAUCAUUCCACAGUGAUCACAUGGAAGCAUUUCGCACCGUGAUAGAUCAACUCCAAAACAAGACAAAUCUGGAAGAGUUACACAUUGAUGUGCGGGGCUACACCCUAGAGGGUCUGGGAGCACUUAGAAGCCUCGAGGAACUCCGAUUGAAUGUGCGGAUGGAUAUUGAUGAUUUGAUUGAAAUGUGCCGAUUGAACAAAAACUUGCGCAUUCUGGAAUACAUGAAUAAUGAAACGGGUGGAAAGAGGCUGGCCGCGAUCGUCCCUCAUUGCGAACAUUUGAAACAUCUCGCCUUCGCAAUGAGACCCGACUGCGAUGCAAGCGAAUACAGGCCUUUGGCUAAGAUUCCCAGACUGCAAUACUUACAAAUCAAAGGAGUGCACGAGAAGGGCACUCUUCAGCCCCUGCUGGAGGGAUUCGCCUGCAAAGACCUCUACACAUUGUCCAUAGUCGAUGCAACAUUGGACCACAAUGAAACGCAGGCAAUGGCCCAGAUAGAAACAUUAACUCAAGUGGAGUGUGGAUUUGACGAUCCCCAGAGUAUUGGGCUCUUGUCCCAACUGACCGAACUCAAACAGUUGAAGAUACUGUCCAAACAUGACUUUGGAGCACUAUCGGAGCCAGUUUGGUGGAUUUUAGUGGAGUCAAAAGGGAAAACGAGCAUUGAGCUAGAAAAUUGUUCAUUAUCAUACAGUCAAAGUGGAGCACUUCAUCUUUAUACAACAGAGAAUAAUGCGAAUGCCUCCGACUACAGUCCACUUUUGACUCCGGUUCUCAAUGGAUUCAGGAACGUACCCACAUUGACGGACUUGUCGUUGGAAAAUAUCACGGCAGAGGAAUUCGCAGCAGUAUCUGAAAUCGCAUCCCUGAAGAGAUUGGAGUGUGGAUUUGCCGAAACACAAAACGCUGAGCUCCUCGCGCAGCUACCCGUGCUCGAGGAAUUGACUAUUAAAUCUGUGCCAUCAUCUCCAGGAUCCCUCCAGGGCCUCCUGGCUGCUCUGGCUUCGAGGGAGUCGCAGACACUACAAAAGUUGUGUUUGAAAAGAAAGAUCGAUGCCGUGGAGGCAAACGAACUGUCCCGCCUGACAUCCUUGCGAACUUUGGCAUGUCAGUUCGCUGAUCCUCUGGACAUUCAGCUUCUGUCUCAACUCCCCGAACUCAAAAAGCUGAACCUGAAUGCCAUGGACAGACUAGACCAGAUAUUGCCUUUGGUCCUUAUAGUUAUAAAGUCCUGCAAAAAGUUGGCUGACAUUCACAUCCAGUGUAAGCCAAACCACUCCGAUCAUGUGGACAUGAAAUCGUCUGAAAUCCUCGUCGAAAUGUUGGAGGCCUUCCAAGAUAAAUUUAAUAUACGGUUCAACGACAGCUUUUUCGGCAUAUUCGGGAAUCGUGAAAAAAAUAAAUUGUUCGUUAACAUGCUUUUAUUUAGACAAAAUAAACUCGCGAUAGAAUCCUUAGCCCGCGUUCAAUCUGUAAACCAUAUGGAACUAAAAUUCCACGUAGUUGGGGAACCGAGGGCUCUCUUUGCCGCCCUAGCGAUGAGAACUAAUUCCAAUCUACAGAGUCUGUGCACUCCGUUCUGUCCGCUCGACUUUAGUGAGACUACGGAAUUGGCCAAGAUUACUUCGUUGACAAAAUUUAAAGGCCCCAUCUCCGAUAUACGAAGUCUCCAACACUUACUCCAUUUAAGCAAUUUCGAAGUUUGGAAUGAAUUAGAAUUGAAUGGACAGGUUCGCAGAAACAUCACGUUCGAUAAGUCCACCGGGAAAUUGAAUAUUAUUAACAAAACGGCUAAUGAAUUACAAGACGACAUUGGACUGAAUCCCCUUGCUAGCCUGCAGAAUUUGCGGCACGUUACUAUUUCUGGAGUCUACAAAGUGGGCUCCAUGUGCGAUUUCUUGGGCCAGCUGGCCACCUGUCAAGGGAAGACUCUGCAGACCCUGGAGAUAUUUCCGAACGGAGAACUGAAUUAUGCAGAGCUGAGGGAAGUGAUUAAAAUGAAGUCUCUCCAAACACUGAUCUGCGGGUUAUCCCAUGUUAAGGACGUGGAAAUAGAACAGCUGGAACAACUUCCCCAUCUAGCAGUGCUCAUUGUUGUUUCCCAUCGAACGGGCUCUUUAGGGAGCCUACUUCGGACUCUUGCCGCCAGGAAGUGCCCCACACUAACACAUCUGACUGUAAAGGGCGAAAGUCUCACCCCCCAAGAGGUGACCGACGCAUCUGCUAUUAGUUCCUUGGAGCGACUCGACUGCGGGUUCUGCAGCACAGAGGGUCUCGAUGUAUUGUCACAGCGUUCCUGCAUCGAGCAUCUGGUCAUGAAAACUAGGAACGGUGAAGCCUCUCUGGUAGAUCUGCUCACUGCUGUUGCAGCUUCUGGCGAAUCAAAGAUUCAGAAUCUAACCAUCGAUGGUCCGGCAGUCGGUCAGGAAUUAGCUACCGUUUUAAGCCUUGUUCUUCGAAUUCCGAGACUGAAGUCCUUGAAGCUCCGAAUCAAAGAUACCCAGGGCAUUGAGCGAUUGUCAGAGUUUUUGCAUUUAGAAGAGUUGACCAUCUCAUAUACCCGCAAAAAGGGUUCUUUAUCAGGUCUCUUCCGGGCACUUUCACUGAAUGAUGCAACCAAAUUAAAGACUUUGGCUAUUAAGCGCAAUUGUAUCGACCUUGAAGGGGCUCGCCACCUCGUGCAGGUUGAUUCAAUCACAAGCCUAAGGUGUGCCUUCAAAAAUAAAGAAAUCUUUGCCCUCUUGGCUAAAAUGACCAAUCUCGAGACUUUGGAAAUCGCUUCGGAACAGAAAUUAAUAUAUAUUUCUGGGCACCUGCUUGACAUCUUCCGAGGAUGUCGAAAGCUUAAGACUAUUAAUAUGCGAAAUACAUUCUGGUACCUCCGCCAAGGCUUCCUGAAAAAUGUACUGGACAUACUGAAAUCCGUGAGAGAUCCCACAACUCAAGGUCCAUUGGAGAUACGGACUUCCCAGUCAUCUGUUCAAUUAAAAAAAAUGAUGACUUCCAUCGAUAAAACGUAUUUAAUUGUGAACAAUCUGAGCGACGAAGAGAGCGAGGAAGAUAGCGAGGAAGAGAGCGAGGAAGAGAGCGAGGAAGAAAGCGAGGAAGAGACCGAGGAAAAGAGCGAGGAAUAAAGCGAGAAAGAUAGCGAGGAAGAGAGCGAGAAAGAUAGCGAGGAAGAGAGCGAGAAAUGGAUGGAUAUGGUGUAGCUGAAUGCUUCGCUUUGGCUUUGGCGAUUCGACAACCACAGAGGGAAACUUUUUGAUUGUCCGACGCUAAAGUAAAAAUAUUAUUGCACUCUCGCGGACGCCCCAUCCCUUUCAACGGUCGUAUAGUGGGUCAAAAACACAACCAGGUCUGCGCACAUCACCCAUAGUUUAUGCCUCAAAUCGCGAGUCUGGUUGCCGGAAAAUUUGCUAAAUUUCCAAAACGAUUGACCAGAAGAAAGACUCAAUUUUACACCUCCAAAAAUAAAUGGAUUUGUGUGGAUUUCAAUGGGAACUUGCGCAGUUAUACGGUGCAGGGCCUUUAUUAAUUUCAUUGGAAAUUGAAAGCUUCAAUAUAAAAUUAACCUAAGAUUGGGAUCGAGAUAUAACGGCUGGUGUUGUUGUGAAAAGAUAGAUCGCGGAGAGAUCCACCUCCCCGCAUUAACCAAAAUAUGAAUUCGUCACUUUUUGCGAGCAGCGAAACCAAAAGACAAAUACAGAAAUAGAUUGUAUAGGUUACAACAAUCUUAAGAUUACAUAUGUGAAUACUUAUACAUAUACCAAAAUGAGUAACGGGUAUAAAAGUAGAGGCGCGUCCCAUGUCGAUCGAAAGUGAGAUAAGAUAACCAUAAAGAUAGAGACAAUCUUUCCAGGAAAAUAAAGGGAGUAUAAAAAGCUUCCAUAGGCUUAAAGGACAGCUUUUCGUGCUUGCAGCAGACACUGUAGCUGCAUUCCGGAGAACGUUGACGUGCUAGAGAGACGUGUAAAUUAUCCGUACAGUUUAUAUAUG